GCCAAAUGACUGGCAAAUUUUUGUGAAUGGAAUACUCAGUGACUGGAAGAUGACGUAAUUUGAGAGCUUGGAGUCGCAAACUCCGUUGCGGAUUGGCUGCGUUUUGCCAACAGAGCAUGCGAUUGGCCGGCGGGGGCUGGGCGAACGCCUACACACUUUUUCCCUGGCGGUAGAUAUAAAAGGGAGUACUGGGCAUUGAACAGGAUCACGAUUUAGAAACAUAUAUUGAGGAAACUCUCAGCACAUUUUACUGUUUCUUAAGAAGCUUUGCAUUGCAAGAGAGGACAUUAUGGUUAUGCUGAAGAUUUCAUCUUUCCUUGCUGUUUAUGCCUUGGUUGUUUGCCAGAUGGAUAGUUUCCAGGCAGCUCCACUCAGACCUGGCUUAGAGUCUAUGACAGAUCGAGUGACACUCAGUGAUUAUGAAGCUCGGAGGUUAUUAAAUGCAUUGGUGAAAGAAUUCAUACAGAUGACAGCAGAAGACCUGGAAAAAGUGACUGAAGGGAAUAGCCUGGAUAGACCUAUUUCCAAACGCUGUGCCAGUCUGAGUACUUGUGUACUGGGCAAACUGUCUCAAGAAUUGCACAAAUUGCAAACUUACCCUCGUACUGACGUCGGGGCUGGAACUCCUGGCAAGAAAAGGAAUGUGCUGAAUGACCUGGAAAAUGAGCGCUAUGCAAAUUAUGGGGAAUCCCUAGGAAACAACUAGACAUGCUUAUUUCUACCCUUUUUUUUUUAACUUGAUGCAUGUGGAUCUAACCUUGAUUGCUAACUUUACUAUGUUCUUUUGAUUCUGUUUUCGACAGAGAAUAUUUGAGAUGGACUUUCAGUUAGGAAGAUAAAGAACAUAACAUACCAAGUUAGAAAUAGCAAGCAUAUGCCAAAUAAAAUAAAUACGAAUGAACAGCACUGCUUUGAGAUUUGAAAUGAUUUUCUUAGACAUUUAUUUUAAAAAACUCUAAAUGAAGCUUUUCAUUUCUGGCUACUCCAUGUACAAAUAAACUCUUCUUUCAUGCCUGC